AAACACCCUUAUUCAAAUCGAGAAAAUAACAAAACCAUUCGAACCCUAAUCUUCGUCUUCGUCUUCUCAAUCGCCGUUGCUUCGCCAUCGUCGCUACCGCUUGUUCUUGAGGUUAGAGAAGCAAUGACUAAAUCUCGUGGUACUGAUAUGGCAAAGAAGAAGGAGAAAGUUGAUUCUGAAUGGGAUAUUAAGUCUAUGGCUCAUCAGCAUGCUGAGUUUUUCGAUAAGUUGAUAGAGCUCAUCCCCGCGAGAUUCUACUUACCUGAUGAGACGGAGAAGAAGUGGUUUCCUGGUCUUAGCAAGGCUCAGAAGGCUAGAGCCAAGAGGAAAACUACAGAGAAUCUGAAGAAAGCGAGGAGGGAUAGGUUGGAUCCAGAGAAGUCUUCUUUGACGACUCUCGAUUUGCUGAAACAGAAGAUGGAGAAGGAGAAGAAGUUGAGUAAUGUGGUUGCUGAUGAUGGUGAUGGUGAUGAUGAUGAUGACAGUGAGGAGGAAACUGAUCACAAUAAGAAGGCUAGGACUGAUUCGGUUACUUACGAGGAGCUGAGGCAGCGUCUCCACCGCAAGAUUGAUGAGCUUAAAGGUGGUCGUGGAGGCUCAGACAGACCAAGAAGCCACGAAAAGAGGAAGAAGAUUGUGCCUAAUAAGAGAAAGAGGGAGUCAAGUUCUGUGGAGGAGAGUAAGGCAGCAGAUAAGGGGAAGGGUAAGAUGGAUGUGGAAGAGGCUGCUAAGGAUCUCACGUUCGGUUACGUCAAGAUCGAUGACGACGAGGAGCACGGAAAGGAUAAAAAGAAACGGAGGGUUUCUAAGUCGAGAGAGCUUGAGAGAGCUUUGAAGUUGGAGGCUGCAAAGAAGGAUCCAGAAAAGGGUGAAGUCAUUGCAAAGAAGCACUCGUGGCAGGCGGCUACAAGCAGAGCAGCUGGUAUCAAGGUUCACGAUGACCCAAAGCUCCUGAAGCAGAGCAUCCACAAAGAGAAGAAGAGGCACGAGAAGAACGCGGAGAAGUGGAAGGAGAGAGUUGAAGGACAACAGAAGGUUAGAGUUGAGAAGCAACAGAAGAGAUCAGGGAACAUUGCGGAGAGGAUUGAACAGAACAAGCAGCGGAAGAUCGCAAAGAGGGAGAAGAAGCUUCUUCGUCCUGGCUUUGAAGGCCGCAAAGAAGGGUUUGUGAAUGAAGGUGGAAAGUGAAACUGAAAAUUCUUUGAUAUGCCCUUUGUGUUCCAAGAUUGCUGUGAAGAGGGUUUACACAUCUGGAAUAUCAUGUCCCUAGCAAUAUCUGUUUUAGCUCGUUUUGUUUUACUUUUACAGUUUGUAGACUUGUCAGAUGUUGGAUUUUCUGCUAGUUAAUGAUCUUAAACAGGUUUUGAAAUAGAA